AGUUGUUUUUCAUCAUGUCUGGCAGAGGUAAAGGAGGAAAAGGGCUCGGAAAAGGAGGCGCUAAACGCCAUCGUAAGGUUCUGCGGGAUAAUAUCCAGGGUAUUACGAAACCGGCUAUUCGCCGUUUGGCUCGUCGCGGUGGUGUGAAGCGUAUUUCUGGGCUCAUCUACGAGGAGACCCGCGGGGUGCUGAAGGUGUUCCUGGAGAACGUGAUCCGAGACGCGGUCACCUACACCGAGCACGCUAAGCGCAAGACUGUCACCGCCAUGGAUGUGGUCUACGCGCUCAAGCGCCAGGGACGCACCCUCUACGGCUUCGGCGGCUAAGUUGCCUUGUAGUCACGAAGUUUCUGCUUGUUCCAAAACGGCCCUUUUCAGGGCCACCCACUUGGUCAUUAGAAGGGCUGUUGCAUACAAGCAAAUAAACCAGAGGUAUUAUGCUUGGUGUCCUGGGGCAGAAAAAUCGCGGUUUGACUGCAAGCUAGUCAUUGUGUUUAUUUUUUUUCCCUAAGUUUGACAUCUCAAGAUUGUGGCUCUCAGACAUGUUAAUAGAACAAGGCCGAAGAAAACCUCGGGCAGUAGGACUGCUGGGUUUUUGUGGGGUUUUUUUAAUUUCUUCAAUCGGAGUGGAUUGUAUUUGGAAAUGAGUUGAAUUCAUCUCAUUCCACAAACGUUAGAAUGAACUUUGCUAGAAUGUUUCACGGACCCGGCUCCUAGUGUCCU